CUACAGUUUGAGCAAAUGAGUAGAAGGCUUCCGGUCUGUGACGUGUGUUAGCCAACUCGGAAAAUAGUCCUUCCCUCCUGACACGUAGCAGCCGUAGCUGAGUAGAUUGUCAAACUCCGAGGUAAGAGAUGUCUGGGUUUGACAACUUCAACACAGAGUUCUACCAGUCGAGCUACAGUGUAGAUGACCAGAAUCAAGCUGGCUAUGGAUACAGCAAUGAAAAUCAGUAUAACAACCAAUACGGUCAAUAUGACUACUCGCAGCAAAUGGGCUACCCCUCUCCAGGAAUGAUGCCGCACCAGCAGCCAUACACGGGGCAAAUCUUCCAGCCCACGCAGACCUACACUCCAUCCUCGUCGCAGUCCAUGUACGGCAGCAGUUUUGAUGAUGAGCCGCCGCUACUGGAAGAAUUAGGAAUCAACUUUGACCACAUCUGGCAGAAAACUCUGACGGUCUUACAUCCUCUAAAGGUGGCAGACGGCAGUAUCAUGAACGAGACGGAUCUAGCCGGCCCGAUGGUCUUCUGCUUGGCCUUUGGCGCAACGCUUCUCUUGGCAGGUAAAAUCCAGUUUGGCUACGUCUACGGCAUCAGUGCAAUCGGCUGCUUGGGCAUGUACUGCCUGCUCAACCUCAUGAGCAUGACGGGCGUGUCGUUCGGCUGCGUGGCCAGCGUUUUGGGAUACUGCCUCCUUCCCAUGAUCGUCCUGUCCAGCUUCGGAGUCCUGUUCUCAUUACAGGGCUUGAUGGGAAUCAUCCUCACGGCAGCCAUUAUCGGCUGGUGCAGUUUAUCGGCAUCAAAGAUCUUCAUCUCAGCGUUGGCCAUGGACGGGCAGCAGCUGCUGGUGGCCUACCCGUGCGCGCUGCUCUACGGCGUCUUUGCACUCAUAUCCGUCUUCUAGAGAGCGCAUUUCAUCCAGGUUUGGAACAACGGCUCCCGGCUAAUUGUGAUUAAAUGUCGUCAUUACCUAGUUGCACCAAUUAGAUGUGCAGGAGUUUACAGUGCAACCAAGAUUUUUUUUUCUUUUUCAUUUCACCAUCCGCUAACUGUCACCACACCCCAAUGGGACAAUCUACAGUUGGGAGUGUGGGUUAUUUUUCCCCCUCGUUGAGAUGGAGACAUGAGAACAAUGCAGAAGGGUGAGACUCGGUUUAGGGACCUGCCACUGGAUUUGUAAUCUGCAAAAUCAGAAGGCCGAAAUAUUAGCCAGCAGGAGGCGCCACAUCUCAGAGUUCUCAUUGCUGCAAUGUACGGACACCUGACUUCCACAGCAUCAGCAUUCUUCACGAGAGUGGAGGAUCAUAUUUUGGAAUUUCGCCAAGAGACAAAUUCAUACAAACGCUUACCUAAAUUUCCUCAAUUGAUAUCUAAAGACAUGCCUCUCAAAGAUCUAAUUUCGUUCUUUGUUUGUCUUUCAUUGCACAAUUUUAUAUGCUUCAAUGUGCCACGUUUCACUCAUGUCGAAGGGGUCUUUCGAGAUGUACAUUCAUGAGCGAGUGGUGUACCAAGAAUAAAAGAAAAGUGAUGGAGCUGGUUUGGUAUGUGUUGUGAUACAAAAGUAGUUUAUAGAGAUGGACACCAUAGACUUCAUAAUGGUAUUGACGGGACACAAUCCCCAGACACUGCGACACGCCUUCAAGUAGGGGGCCGUCCCACAGUCGGUUGAAGUCGGCCGCAGUUUUCUCAAUCACAUGCAGCGAUCCAACACUGGAUUUGGGUUUAAAAAGUACGAAAGCUGUACCACAUGCAAACAGGACGGAUUGUCUCAGGAGUGAUUUGUUCGAGGAUUCAAGGUAAUUAUUAUAUUUUUUGUAACAUGCAUGCAUUUUGAAACAUGAAAAAAAUCAAUGGGAGGAAUUUACCGCUACGGCAUUGGCAUCGUAAUUCGCAAUAUUUACGUAAAAUAAAUGCUAACAGCCCGUUUACAUGCUUUUAACCAAGAAUCGAAACUGUUUUACGUCCAUAUCUAUAAAGAAUUCAGGGAUUUAAGUAGGGCUGCAGCUAUCCAUUAUUUUAGUAGUCGAUUAAUCGAUUAACAAUUUAGUUUGAAUUAUCGAGUAAUCGGAUAAGGACCAUAAAAAAUGAGCUGAGCUUGAGUUGGCUAACUUACAUAGCAAAAGUCCGCUAGCUUAAAUGCUAUAAAAUGCUAACUUUUUUACAAUGCUCUUAACGAAUGGUUCAGACACAUAUUCCCACAAAAAAUGGCUAAAUAUACCAAUAAACUAAAUUACGAAAUCAUUAAAAAAACAUUAGCUCAAACAAAAACUUAGCUUAUGUCGGUCUUAACAGGGAGCAGAUGGAUUCAGCCAUGUGAAAUGAGGUAGAUUAGAGGGCAGUGUAUCCACCUAAAUCAAUCAAACUAAAUGCAAACACUUUCAAAACAAACCAUUACACCGCCACUUUAAUUAAACGAAUACUCAAAGCAGACAAAUUUAAUUCAAAUCUUUUUUUUCUAAUCAAAU